AUGUUGCAUGCAUAUCCUAUAACAUAUACUCCCCAUCCUAAUCAGGCUAACCUUAGAAUUGCUACUCAUAUUGCUAUUUCUUUUUCCAAUCUUAAAGAAUUAAAAACAGCUGCUGCUCAAUAUGGUGCAACCGCACCAUAUACUACUGCUAUUUUAGAAACAAUUGCAGCUGAGGUCCUUCCUCCUUGGGACUGGAAAGGUUUAGCUAAAGCUACCCUAACAGGAGGAGAAUAUUUGCUAUGGCUCACGGAUUUUGUAGAUUCUUGUUAUGAUUAUUCUCAAAAACCACAUUUUCGCCAGCAAGGAAUUACUCAUGAAAUGUUGGCUGGUACAGGACCGCAUGUUGAUUUAGCACAACAACUAGCUUAUCCUGCCGCAGCAUACGAUGCCAUUAGAGAAAUUGGCUUAAAAGCCUGGAAGGGAUUACCUAGACAUGGAACUUCUAGGGAAGAAUUAACUAAAGUCCGACAGGGACCAGACGAACCUUAUCAUGAUUUUGUGUCUCGUUUGUUACAAACUUCAUCUAGGCUCAUACAAGAUACUGAUUCAGCAAUGAUUUUAGUUAAAGAAUUAGCCUUUGAAAAUGCUAAUAAUAUUUGUCAAUCUAUUUUAAGACCUUGGAAAAAUAAAUCAACAUUAAAUGACUAUAUCAGAUUAUGUUCUGAUGUUAGCUCUGGGUAUAUUCAAGGCAUAGUCACUGCCGCAGCACAACAGGGCAAACCUGUUGAGCAAGUUUUAGCUGCAAUGCAAUUUAAGAAAAACAGAAGGGUUGCAGGCUCUCCUGGUAGUUGUUUUCAUUGCGGUCAAAUGGGACAUCAAAUGAGCCUGUACCUCGGUGGAUUCAGGAACGCUGUGUUCGACAUGCCAAAAACGAAGAAAGGCAAGUUCCGAAAGAGGUUUCAACACCUAAUGCUGACACCACGACAACCUCGACAACAACAACAAAAUCUUGAUUACUGA